UAUGACAAUUUCAGAACGUCAAUCUGCACCAAUCAAACGAACUUUUUGACGUCUAGCUAAACCGAUAUUUAGGGUAAUGUGCCGACAUUCAUUGAAUUUAAUGUUAUAAAAAGUUCGCUGAAACAAACCACGAAGAGUAUUAAACAUGACAAGACAAGUGGACGUGAAAGCAUUAAUUUCCCAUCUAGUCAGAGGGGAUGGCGCCGAAAAAUGUCGUAUUUGUAUGGGUGAAACAACAGAGGGCCAAGUUUACCUAGGAGAUACUGUAAUGGUGGACGGAGAGAAGCCCGUGACCUUAGCUGAACUAUUAGAACAAAUCACGGGAGUCGAGGUAACAGUGGAAGAUAACCUGCCCGACGUUCUAUGCUCGGCCUGCUCAUUCUCAGCAUUAUCCGCAGCAGAGUUCAGAAACUUCUGCCAGAAAGCCAUAGAGCAAUGGCAUAACACAGUAAAAUUACUGGAGGAGGUCACCACCUUGCAUCCUGUAAACGCAUCCAAAAUUUAUGCUGUCGUAUCUGACAACGAAAUAUCCAUCACCGAAGACUCAUUAAGACAAAAUAAAACAAUCAAACAUUCGCCUAUUAAAAGUAAAGAAUAUGGUAAAAGCUUACAAUGCUCAUGUCCGAACUGUGGGAAGACAUUUUCAUAUGCAUCAGAUUUGUAUGAUCAUUUGAAAGGAUCGACGGACUUGACUCGGGCUUGCUAUGUGUGCGCAAGGAUAAUGUCUGAAGAUGAUCUGGUGGAGCAUCUAAGAGAAAAACACAAUAAAAAGCCAUUCAACUGUAACAAAUGUGCUGUUCUGCUCCGCUCAUACAAACAUUACAAGAAGCACAUGGCAGACGCUCACAGGCCCGGUGUGUGUACGUGUGGAGACUGCGGACGAUCAUUCAAAUCUCUGCCGGCAUACAACGCUCAUCUAUCAGUACACACUCCAAAGACCUGUCCAAAGUGCUCUAAACUGUACCGAAACCAAACUUGUUACCUUUAUCACGUUAAAAGGUGCUGUGAGUUGAGCCGGGAAAGCCGGGAAAUACAUCAAACGAAGAAUAAACUAUCGGUUUUGGUUAAGAGUGAUCAGAGGUCAGUCAAAGUUGGUCUCCGGGGCAGUAGGAACACUGAAUGUAUAUGUGACUAUUGUCAGAAGAGGUUUGCCGGAAAGAAAUUUGUAGCGACUCACAUUCAGAUUGUGCAUAUGAAAUCCACUCACCGCCCCUGCGUGUAUUGUGGAAAAUACCUCGCUGCUGCUCACAUACCAGUCCACUUGAAGAGGCAUGAAACAUUGGAGACCUUCAAAUGUGAACUAUGCAAUAUUGUACUAAAAUCGAAACUAGGCUAUCAACAACAUCUAAGACUACACUCCGGAGAGAAACCUUAUGUGUGUAAAUACUGCGAUGAAAGAUUCUCUGCUUCGUCAAGGCGGUCCGAGCAUGUCCGCAAGGCACACAGACAGAGUGAUACGGUCUUGAGACACUCAUGUGCCGUCUGUCCUGCUAAGUUCAGGCUACCCUACCAGCUCAGGAAGCAUGUUUCCUCCGUACAUCACAUAGACAAACCAGGGUCCUUUGAUUGUGAAAUUUGCAAAGUAAAAUUUGCAAGUUGUAGAGCUCUAUUGGUUCACCACAGAAACAUUCACACCAAGAGAAAGAUUGAAAAUCACUCGCAACUUGUAAAAGAUUUGGGAGCCAAAAUCAGUACGCGGUCGGCACGCAUGAAAGGUCCAGAACGUUCCAGAAUGGCUUGUCCCGAAUGCGGGAAGUGUUUUAAGAACGCGGUGCGGUUUAAUGCUCACAUUAGGAAUUUGAAAAUAAAGUAUUGCACGCAGUGCGGACGUUUAAUGAACUUGAAUUCUUACGGAGCUCACGCUGAAAAUGAUCACAACGCGAGGGUGUUCCGAUGUAAGAAAUGCCCGGAGGUGUUCGCGAGGUAUUCGUAUUUGGAAAAACACAAAACCAAGCACAUCGGUGUACAUUGCUGCGUAGAAUGCAAACGUAGCUUUCGCAACGCAACGAGUCUGUGGACGCACUUACGGAAACACCGACCGGCGGUGUGUGCCUGCGGUAAAAAGUUCACGAACGGAAUAUGUUUUAGGAAACACGGAAAAACGUGCGUAAGUAACAGGGGCGCCGUUCGAUACGUCUGCGACUAUUGCUCGAAAGAAUACAGCGUCAGGACUACCCUCAAAUUUCACAUAUUCAAUGCGCACAUGUCGCUAAAGAAAUUCCAGUGCGAUAAAUGCGGAAAGGUUUUCGGUAAUCGUUCUCACCUGGAGGAACAUGGUAAUUCUCACAACAGAGUCGCAGAUAGAUUCGUGUGCGUCCACUGCGACGCGAAGUUUAGCACGAGACGAGGCCACGAGAGGCACGCGAGGAAACACGAUGUGGCGGACGAAGACGCCCUUCCACCCGGGGUCUGCAGGCAUUGCUCCGAGGAUACCAUGGCCGCUUACAACUUCAGACAGCUGUGUGAUACAUCGAAAAAGCGUUGGUCCAGUGCCGCGGAGCUUCUAUCGCGGAUUCACGCGAACGCCGACAGUGGAACUCUCUUUUUCCUAUACGACGACGCUAUCUUGCUCCUGAAGGACAAAAUUAGCACCACAGAUACAAGAGCGGCCUCAGAAUUGCUGAACUCGAAGUUUGACGAGGAAACAGAGCAGAAACCGCGCAAAUACCAAAGAUCGUAUCAGCCGCCUCUAGAAUGUUCUUGUCCCGAGUGCGGCAAGACCUUCCAGAACGUUCAGUAUUUGAACUAUCAUUUGAAGAGUUCGUUGAAUUGCGCGUGUAGAACCUGCGCUUUGGUCAUGCAGAAGAGAUUCAUUCCGGAGCACAUGAGGGUCGAGCAUGGCGUCUCCGUGGCUCACUGUCGGAUGUGUUAUGCGGUUUUCGAAGACCAAGAGUCAGUUAAGCGUCACUUGCUAUCGUCUCACGGCCCUAAUUCGUUCUCUUGCAAUACGUGCGGCACCGGCUUCAGCGGCCAGAGAGCCUUGCGCGCUCACAUGUACUCGCACACGUUGUUCGACUGUAAGUCCUGCUCCAGGACAUUUGAGAAUCGUAAAUGCUUCAAGCAUCACCAGAGAGGAUGCAAACGCGAGGUCUCGCCAAUCGAAUCCACGUUCAUAUGCGACUAUUGUAAAAUAGAAUAUAACAAAAAACCAUCUCUGAAAGUGCACAUAAUACAGAAACAUUUGAACGUGUUGCCGUAUGUUUGUCAGAAGUGCGGGAAGCGGGCGUCGACCGUCGCGCAUUUGCAGUCGCACCUCAGGACCCAUAACCACGUGAGGAAGGUGUUUGAGUGUCACUGCGGUGCUAAAAUGACCACGGAAUUGGGUUAUCGGCUCCACCAGAGGAUACACUCUGGCGAGAAGCCCUACGAGUGCAAGAGGUGCGGCGAAAGGUUUUUGUCGUCUUCGAGGCGCUUAGACCACAUCAAGAGGCGACACAUGGGCACCCAGAACAUGCCGCACGCGUGCGACAAGUGCCCCGCGAGAUUUCUAAGAGAAGAUCCCCUGUGUCCCAACGGGGCCUGCGUCUCGUGCGCCAGCUCCGCCUUGGCUGUCCAAGAGUUCAGAAUGUUCGUUCAGAACUCACAAAAAUCCUGGUACAAAGUUAUAAAUAGCCUGUCCAGUAUAACGGCGCCGGUCGUACCACAGGUGAAGUCUUUAUGCGCAUUCGUGAGCUCGAACGACUUGAGCGUGCAAAUCACGAAGAAUUACACGACUGGCGACCCUAAAGCGUUGGUUAACAGGUUCCAAAGUAGAAUUUCCAGGAAGCCGCCGAAGCGAUUGCGCGUGGACCGCACCGGUCCUGACUGUGCGUGUCCUGACUGCGGGAAAACCUUCUCCAGCCCCCAUUUCUUGAACGCUCAUCUAAUGAACAGCGGGCAGAAGGAAGCCUGCCUCAUUUGUGGGGAUGUCGUCUUAAGACGCGACCCCAUGCUUGCGCACAUGAAAACCGUCCACAAAAGCACCUUUUACCUGUGCAAGGAAUGCCCCUUGCUUUUUACAACCGAAGCCGACCGCGUUCAGCACGUGGCCAAACAUCACAAGCCCGGCGCCCUGACUUGCUCCGACUGCGGUAGAACCUUCCCUAGGAAAGAGUCCUUUGAUCACCACACGCAAAUGCACAUGGUGCGAACUUGUCGCUCCUGCGGCUGUCAGUUCACUAACCGCGGUUGCUACAGGGAGCACAGGUCCCAGUGCGAGCCGGAGGCCAAGCCCGAUGUCCAUGGUCUCCCGCGGACGAAGCGCUACAACGUACGCGAUCCCGCCUCGUUUACUUGCGAUUACUGUAAUAAGACAUACUCCUCGCGACCUCAACUGAAGAAUCAUAUACUCUGGAUCCACAUGGACAUUCGACCUCACCAGUGCCAGUGGUGCGGCAAACGUUUCUACACUCCGGCUAGAUUGGCGGAACAUUCUGUGGUCCACACGCGCGUCAGGAACUUCGAAUGUGAUAUUUGCGGUGCGAAAUUGGUCAGUAAAAUGGCUGCGGUUUACCACAAGAGGCGGCACACGGGAGAGAGGCCCUACAAGUGCGAUGAUUGCGGCGAGGGCUUCAUAUCCGCCUCGCGUAGGACGGAGCACGCUAAGCGAAGGCACAACAGGGGUAAGAGGCUUCAGUGCCCCGAAUGUCCGGCGACGUUUAUCAGGAAAUGUGAGGUUCAAAAGCACAGGAUCAAAGCCCACGGCGUUACUGAAGUUUAUAACAUUAUAACAGAUAUGAAAUCGUGAGUGAGGCUGUUUGUCUCAACUGGGGCUAAGGACGCGUUCUUACUUUGGUGUAUUGACAUUGUUCGUGUCAAUGUCUCCGCAUUUAAGGCCAGUGUCGUCUGACAGAGCAUAGUUGGAACAGGGACAAUCUUUUUGUAGUAUUUUUUUUGUAAGUGCUAUUAUUAGUUAGUGAAUAAAUUGUAAAUAAUAAAGUUAUAUAUUUAAACAUUGGUGAACCUCUGUCACGCGCCAGUGCCAGGGGCACAGCCAAGCCGCUACCUACAGUUAAAUAUUGUUCAUAAGCCUCGUUUGAAGAAGGAUAUGUCAUAGCGCUCGGGAAAAUCCUUGGAGGAGAGCUCAUUUCAAAGCCGGAUUGGUACAUGGCAAAAAACAAUCUGUAAACGCCCUGUGGAUGAACACAGUGGCUCCAGGGAUGAACUCUACUCCGGUGGCGGGCGGUGUGAUGGUAAAAAUGAGAUGGUGAGGUCAUCUCAAACAAUUCCCCAGAGCACUCUGAUGUGCUGAGUUUUUGAGUUUCAAUUUACCACUUUUAACCGGAUACUUUUUCAACUAUUCUUAAACGUAAAGCAGGUUACUUACAUCUACCCUCCAUUAUCUUUCAGUUUUUGAUAUUUUUGGUUUUGAACUGAAAUCUGCCAAGUUAACGUGUUCUUUUAUUUCUGUGGUUAAUAAACUCUGACAGGGCUGAAGUGAUUCUACUGAAUAGCAUCAGUCGUUUAUUAUUUAGUAGGUACAUAUCUUCUGCCAUAAGAAAUUGUCAGCAACGCAUGCAUGUCAAAAGUACAUAAAUCUUCUAUUCUGAUUGUAAUCGUGCUGUCUAAAAAGCGUUCAAUAUUUUUGUAUGAAAGAUGAAGAGGCUUCACUGUGCAAUUAAAUUUUGUUGAUAUCAAUAAAAAUGUUUUUAAAGAAGCA